CUUAGGGGCCAACAUAGUUUUGCGAAAUUCGAACGACGAGCAACAACUCGCCGCAUACAGUGAAAAAAUCUACUAUUGCUUGAAAAGUUCCCUACAAACCGCAAACUUGGAGUACUACGCGACAGCAUUAAAGGCAACUAGCGCCGAUCAAAUAGUGAAAUUACGCAAAAGUCGUCGAAGACGCGAAGAGAACCAAUAUGCUAAAACUGGUAAUAACAAUACUUUUGACCGCCGCCUUGCAGCCGGCAAUGUCCCAAAUACCGCACAGUGUCGGUCUGCCAUCCCAACAGGGCUUGGCACGUUUGCUUUUCACCUCGCGAAUUACGGCGCUGAAUCCGCAAGUGUCGGUGGCGUGUUUCACCGACUACAUCGGGCAUUCAAAUUCGAUCAGCGAAGCUUACGGACAGGACUACAAGCAUUGCCUGGUCGAAGCGAGCGAGGAACGCAAACAAAUUGACGGGGUUUCGGCGAAGGAACGUCGAGAAGUUGUGGAAGCUUCCGAGGUGGUAUGCAGUAGUCUACGCGCUUGUAAUGAGCACAACAACACUAUGGAACUGUUCAAUUGUCACACGAAAAUUGGUUCAGAGAACACAAAAGCGACCUACAGCAUAUCGGGUAAUGCCUCCGAACAUGCAACCGUAUUGCAAGAACGCUAUCGUCUAGUCGAUUUGCAUCAUCAGCAGUGUUGUCAACGUGCUGAGCGACGCUAUGUCUCAGAUACAGCUAGUAAUUACAACUAUCUGCAGGGUUGUCUAGAUGGACGGGUCAAGCCAAGACUCGAAUUUUCGUCAACAACAGUACAACCAACGACAAGCUCCACAACAACCACAACGACCACUGAAGCACCAGCACCAUCUCCGCCUCCAUCGACAUUUCCACCACCCACCUACGAAGAACUAACGACCACUGAACAGUCACAAAAUCUACAAAAACAAGUUGAACAGAUUUUAAACUUGUUAAACUGACCACCGGCAAAAUCAAACGAUUUUUCGGUGGUUAAAUAAUACCAAAAAGUAUGUGAAGUGAAUAGAAAUGUAAGAAAUAAAUAAAUAAAGGGAAAAUAAAUUCAAAAAUUAA